AUUUACUGUGCUGCAGGAUGGCGACGCUCCUCACUCUCCACCUUCGACCAGCAUUACAACGUUCCUGCCGCGGCAAUCUCUCCCAUUUACGCUCCUCAGUCGCUAGAGCAAUGUCUGUAAAGGUUGGUGAUGAGCUUCCUAGUGUGGACCUCUUUGAAGAGACUCCAGCCAAUAACGUCAAUACCCGUGACCUCUGUGCUGGCCGCAAGGUGCUCAUCUUUGCUGUUCCAGGAGCAUUUACACCUGGAUGUUCCAAGACUCAUUUGCCAGGUUAUGUAAAGCAAGCUGAUGACAUUAAAGCUAAGGGCAUUCAAGAGAUCGCUUGUGUGGCAGUAAAUGAUCCAUUUGUGAUGUCAGCUUGGGGUGAACGUCAUAAUACAGGAGAUAAGGUUCGCAUGCUUGCUGAUACUAAUGGAGAAUUUACCAAAGCACUCGGAUUGGAUCAAGAUUUAGCUGUUUUAGGGGGCCUGAGAUCCAAACGUUACUCUCUGAUUGUUGAAGAUGGUAAGGUCACCCAGCUCAAUGUAGAACCAGAUGGAAAAGGGCUUACUUGUUCAUUGGCAGAAAAUACUUUGGCUAAACUGUAGAUCAGUUGAUUAAGCAAUUUUUUCUGUUCCACCAAUAUUCAUGAAGUAACAUAUUACCGGUGUUGUAAAGGUAUCGUGAGAAUAAUUAUCCUGUACAUUUAAAUACAAUAUACCUGUA